UGUCGGGGGAGCAGCACCAACAAAAGGGACUUAAACCGGAUUGACAAACUGGCUGGCCAAACUACUGGCACGCAGUUGGAGGCGGUUGUGUCAGUGAGGGACAGGAGGACACUGGACAAACUGCUUGCCAUCAUGGACAAUCCUGCCCACCCGCUUCACCAAACAAUUGAGGGACAGCGAAGCUCAUACUCCAACAGGCUCCUUCAGAAAAAUGGCCAACUCUGGUAUUCAGCUUUUGGGCUUCUUCAUGUCUCUGAUUGGCAUCGUGGCGCUGAUCAUCGGCACCAUUCUGCCCCAGUGGAAGAUGUCAGCCUACAUCGGGGACAACAUCAUCACGGCCGUGGCCAUGUACCAGGGACUGUGGAUGUCCUGCGCCUUCCAAAGCACCGGGCAGCUCCAGUGCAAGAUCUACGACUCCAUCCUGCAGCUGGACAGCUCUUUGCAGGCCACCAGGGCGCUGAUGAUCGUGGGCAUUAUCGUGUCGGUGGCGGGCCUGGGCGUGGCCUGCAUGGGCAUGAAGUGCACCACCUGCGGGGGUGGCGACAAACUCCGCAAGGCCCGCGUUGCCAUGACGGGGGGCAUCGUCCUGCUAGUGGGGGGCCUGUGUGCCAUCGUGGCGUGCUCCUGGUUCGCUCACAACGUGAUACGGGCCUUCUACAACCCCUACACCCCGGUCAACACCAAGUUUGAGUUUGGUGCCGCCAUCUUCAUCGCAUGGGGCGGCUCGCUCCUGGACGUCCUGGGCGGCGCCAUGUUGGCCGCCUCCUGUCCGCGAAAGAAGCAAUCGUCCAAGUACCCGUCUAUGGCCAGCUCUCGCUCCGGGCCUGGGAGCAGCAAUAAGGAAUAUGUCUAACUUCCUUAUAUGCCCUUCAUUAUUCUUAUUAUUGUUAUACAAACAUUCAAUGCUUUAUUACUAUAUUACUUUUUGUAAUGUUUUUUUUCCCAUAUGUGCCUUUGAUAACUGCUUGAUGAUGACUCAGCGCUGUUUCACACAGUCCUAAUAAAGAAAUAUAUAUUUAAUGCA